AGACUGUAUAUAAAUAUGGGAGACAGCGGUUAUCUGGAGAAACAUCCUCAUCUGCCGGUUUUGUUUUGUCUCCAGCUGGAGCCGCAUCGUCACCUGAAGCGGCUGUGGGUUCCAUGGCACGCUUCGAAAAACACUGGAAAAGUGUUGUCUGGUGUCUGGUUUUCUCCUUUGUGCCGAGAAUUGAGAAAGCCAGCAAAAUACAUUUGUUGCUAUUGUAGUCACAGGCAACGGAAGCCUCAGAGGUCCAAAAAUGCAAAAAGUAUGCGCAAGUCACUGAGCUUUUCCAGUGGGUAUGCGGAGUAUGCGUAUCACGAAGACAACACCACUGACACAGGCAUCAAGUAGGUACAUACCUUUAAGAACCAUCUGUAAACGCUACAGGAGUGCUAUAUGCUAAAGAAAAAUAAAAAGAGAGAAGAAAUAGAAGAGAAGAGGGUUUUUUUUAUUUAUUUUUAUAUCAUUCCCCAUCAACGAUCUGCGCAGAGAAAUAGCUCAACCAAACUUUGGAGGACGACGACAAGGAUGAAGAUGAUAUCAUUCCCCAAUCUUCUCCAGACAUCAGUGAGUCCUGGGACAGUGUUGUUGUCAUCCAAAGAUGGAAGAAGACACAACAAGCAACUGUGGCUGUGCCUGGAAAAGCUCAUGUGAGAGGUCGAGUAGUUAUACCAACAAAGUCACCUGUGACCCCCUGAUGACCCCGGAUAAGUUAUGUCUUCCGGUUUUAUCAGAGGAUCUGUUCCUUCGUUCUUCUCCCGUCGCAGGAAAUCGAGUUGUUAAAGAUUGCACAGAGUUCAGAAGUACUUCCUGUGUGCCGUGCCUCAAUGAAACCUUCAUGGAUCAUCCUGCUGGACUUCAGGAGUGUUUUGGCUGUGCAAAGUGUGAUGCAGGUUCUGGUUUAAAAAUAAAGAGACCAUGUACAGGAACAUCAGAUACAGCUUGUGAACCACUGGAGGGAUUCUACUGUUUCGACUCGACAGAGGACGGCUGUGUGGCAGCACACAAACACACAUACUGUCUACCAGGACAAUACAUCAGCAGAAAUGGAACAGCAUUGAGGGACACUGAGUGCUCUGACUGCAGUGAUGGAACAUUUUCAGAUGGGACAUUUUUUACUUGUCAGCCACACAAACAAUGUGAAUCCAUCAAUCUUCAUCUGAUAAAAGCAGGAAGUACUUCAACAGAUAAUGAAUGUGGAGUACUAAGUCCAGUUGAGUUAGGAAUAGUGAUCGGCGCUGUUGUUUUUGUAUUACUAUUAAUAGUGAUCGUAGUGCUUAUCUUUGUCAGGCGGUAUAUCAGAAACCAACGAUGUCAGGACUCAGGAAAUAGUAAAGACCAAAACACCAAACAGAGUGAUUAUGGAAGUUUACAGAUGAAUUCAACAGAUGAACCCUCUGCAGAUACUAAACCCAAACUUUCAACUGCUGAAUUGGCUUGAAACAAAACCUACAACUGUGCAUUUGAAAGGGUUUGAGACAGAAGCUGUCAGUGUAGCAGCAGAAGCACUGGUGGCCCUGCUGCUGCUGUGGGGAAAACCUGCCCCACGUUCCCUGAACUCCAGCUGGAGCCCUGUUCUGCAGAGUGGGGCUGUUGAAGACUGCCACGCCUCUCCAAAGGUCCCGAGUCACAAGCUUCUGGGCCUCAUUUAAUGCAGGCUAACUGGAACUCUGCUGCAGGCCUCAACACCUCAACAGGGGCAAUUGUGGCUUUUAACCCUUUAAGCCCUCCUCAAAUUUAGAACCCACUGGACACCUUUGUGGCAAAAAUGUACAAAGAUUUUCAUAAAUCUGUGAAACAACUUAGUUAGUAAUAAGUUUCAGGAUUUUAACCCUUCAUAUGCCAGUUCAUGUAUUUGAAUUAUUUCAUAAUUUCUUCCAAAAACAUCACAUCUGUGAUGUCAGCAUUUCAUUUUAAAGAGAGGUUGUGAUAUUUGACAUUUUCACUGUAUUCCACCAAAUUCAACCAGUUAUAUCGUGUGUGUGUGUGUGUGAUCUUUGACAUAUCCAAGCUCCAUCUCUCUGUAUGGUGAUUUAAUAGCAGUUUUUUUGUGCGUGUACAUUUUUGCCACAAAGGUGUCCAGAGGGUGCAAAAUGCAUCAAUAGAUCAUAAAAGACAUGUAAGAGUAAAAGACAUUGGAUUUAAAAAAUGUGUUUCAAUUCAAAUUUCACUUUACAGCCUCAAGCUGUAACACAGCCAAAAUGAUCAACAAAUCAAAAAAAUAAUAAUAAUAAACUAAAAGAGAAAAUUGUACAAAAAUGCCAGAGGAGGGCACAAGGGUUAAGACUGCCAACCCAGACUGGACCAUGGUCAGCUGUACCAAGGAACUAUGAAGACCCUGGCUUGACAACUGUGACCAGUUUCAGGAGGUGGGCUUGGUUCAUGGACUAGAGGUUCCCUACAAGACACCAAAUCCACCAGCAGGAGUAUAUUGACGGUUGCCAGUUCAGAGGCCAUGGCUGCUGACUGAUACGCUUUCACCACCAGCACAAAAACAAGAAGAGAAGAUGGUAAUCUUUCACCAUCAACCUGUCAGUGGUGCAGGACUUCUAAUUAGGGUGAUGGACACCUGUGCUGCCUGUGGUUGAAGCCCAAGGCCAGUGUGAAAAGGUUGGAGCCUCCUUAGUCACACCAUCCAGGACAUGCUCAGCAACCAUUCAGCUUGUUCAAUGCAGAAGGUGCAGAAGGAGCAGUGGCCUUCCUGUGUUGAGCCCAAGACCUCUACAGAUGUUUGACCAAGUCAUGGUUCACUGGUAGAGGGUCUGUCUCUGGCUCCUAGGGUCCCAUGGGGAGGAAGCCUGGAAGCUGCUGCAGCAAGUGAUCAACUCAGUCGUCAUCAGCAGACACAAUGAACCAACUGCACUAACUCAUGGUAGGAGAGGUUGUAAAAAUGUAAAUAGUUCAAUAUGUAUAAUAUGUGUACACACAUUAAAAAAAAAAAAUCUAUGGAAUUGUUGGCGCUUGGAAAAAUGUAUAUAUAAGUUAUAUUGUAUUCCAAUAAAAAAAACAUAUUUUUAA